AUUUUUUUUCCUUCGUGCUUGGAAAACAUGUCACUUACGCAAGCAUCGUGCCGGAUAAAUACACUUCCCUUCAACGUUAUCAAGUGUAAAUAACAUGAAUUAUGAGUGACAAUGAUCUUCGACUAAAUCCGAAUGCCAAUAUUUUGGCUGGGGCCUGUGGAGGCCUAUUGUCGUUUGUGGUGGGGCAUCCUUUGGACACAGUGAAGGUGCAACUGCAAACCAUGCAAGCAUGUCCGAAAAGCGGCAAUUAUCCCUAUCAUGGAGCCCUUGAUUGCAUCCGGAAAAUCAUCUAUAAAGAUGGCUUUGGGGGUCUCUACCGAGGGAUGGGAGGAAUGAUCUACUUGGCCUUGCCCAGGUUUGCCUUGAUUUUCUAUGGCAAUGCCAUGGGAAAGAAUAUUUACCGAAACAUACAUGGAUCUGAGUCAGGGUUUGAUAUUAAGGAGGUGAUCUUUGCUGGGCUUUUCUCUCAACUGUUUAUUGUGCCAGCCCUGGUGGUGCCUUUGGAACGGAUCAAGGUCUUGAUGCAGACCAACCAUCCGGUGAAAUAUACUGGCCAAGUGCAUUGUUUGAAGUAUAUCGUGGCCAAUCAUGGGUUGCCUAGUCUGUACCGAGGGCUGUCUUUGACCUAUUUGCGUGAUAUGAGUAGUUUUGGCACCUAUUUUUUGACCUACGAGUCUCUGAAGCACAAGUUCCAUACAUCAAACGAAACACCUUCUUUGGGGUUGACCAUCUUGGCCGGAGGAUUGGCAGGCGUGGCUGGUUGGGGUAUGGCCAUUCCGGCAGAUACUGCCAAGAACAGACAUCAAGCCACGUUUGGAACAGGAUCCUCCUUCCAAACUGUGAAGAAAUUAUACCACAAAUAUGGAUGGCAAGGAUUCUACCGAGGAGCUAGGCCCAUUCUGAUCCGGGCUUUUCCGGCCAAUGCUGCCACAUUUGUUGGCUAUGAACUCGCAAUGGAUGUGAUGAGUCAAAACCGAAUGUUUUCCACGUGAA